AUGUGCCUGGGACGUGUUACGCUUUCGUAUAUUCAGCUUCAACGAGUUAGGGAAAGGUAUAGAAGUGCUGUUUUCACCUGGACAAACUUGCUAGUCGUGGUCGUGGAACUGGACGGCAACGAUAGCGAAGCCUUGAAUCUAGUCCCACUUGUUACUAAUACCGUUUUGGAGGAGCACCACUUGAUCGUCGGAGUUGUCGUCGUGGUUGAUCCCGGAGUCGUACCCAUUAAUUCGCGCGGUGAAAAACAACGCAUGCAUUUGCGUGAUGGUUUCCUAUCCGAUCAGAUCGACGCCAUAUACAUCGCGUAUAAUAUGUGA